CUCUCCGCUAAGGAUUCCUGGCUCCCAGUGAGUGAAGAACAGGGCUCAUGGGUGAGCUCUCUCCUGGCUAUCGGAGCAAUGGCCGGAGCGUUCCCCGCCGGAAGCUUAGCCGACAAGCUAGGCCGCAAAAAAGCCCUGCUUCUUCUCGCGGGGCCAUUUCUUCUUUCCUGGACGAUGAUAAUCUUCGCCAAAAGCGUGUGGGUGCUCUACAUAGCAAGGUUCGUCGGCGGAAUUUCUGUAGGAGCGUCUUGUGUCCUAGUUCCUACUUACAUCGCCGAGAUAGCUUCUCCCUCGGCUCGUGGUACUCUAGGGGCUAUUUUUCAGCUGUUUCUCGCUUUUGGAAUUGUUCUGACCUUUGUUCUAGGCUCGACGGUGUCUUAUACUGUUUUAGGGAUUCUUUGUGGACUAGUUGAAGUUAUUUUUAUCGCUGCUUUCUUCUGGAUGCCUGAAUCACCAAUGUGGCUUGUGGGACAAGGAAGAAAACCCGAAGCUUCAAUAGCUCUCGGAGUAUUCCGAGGCGACGGGUACGACACCUAUGAAGAAAUAUCCGAAAUGCAGAGAGAAGUUGAAGAAAAUACAACAAAAAAAAGCUCUGUAUUUGAUUUAAUAAAAACUUCAGGAGCUAGAAAAGCUGUGUUAGCUUCUUUUGGAUUAAUGGCGUUCCAACAAUUAUCAGGAGUCAACGCUGUUAUUUUUUACACCGUAACAAUAUUCAAAGCAGCUGGCAGUAGUUUAAAUUCAGAUGUCGCUGCGAUAAUUGUCGCUUUGGUUCAAGCAGUGAUGGCAGGAGUAGCAGCAUUAAUUGUCGACCGAUCUGGAAGAAAACCUCUAUUAAUAUUCUCUUCUUCUUUCAUGGCAAUUAGCCUAGUAGCUCUUGGAUUAUAUUUUAACCUCAAAGAUGGCGGUAAAGAUGUUUCUAACCUCGGAUGGUUACCUCUUGUAUCUCUAACUCUUUUUAUGAUUGCAUUUUCUGUUGGUCUCGGACCCAUUCCUUGGAUGAUAAUGGGCGAAUUAUUCACCACAGAAACAAAAGCCAUGGCUUCGGGAUUAGCCGUAAUGCUAAAUUGGUUUUUAGUAUUCCUUGUCACUAAAACAUUCCCAUCUAUGAAAGAACAAUUGGGCGCUGCAGUUACUUUUUGGGUGUUUGCUGGAAUAAUGGUAGUCGCAACCGUCUUUGAAUAUUUCUUCGUUCUGGAAACAAAGGGAAAAACAUUACAAGAAAUACAAACAAACAUCGCCGUGGUUGCUGGAGGCGCUACUCUGGGAUGGACUAGUCCGAUUUUGUUGAUGCUAAAAAAAGACCCGGUGAGUCCUGACAAUCCUAUAGGAAGACCUAUUAGUGAAGACGAAGCGUCUUGGAUUGGAUCGCUGACUCCAGUCGGUGCGUUGGUUGGUGGUUUUUUCGCUGGAUACUUAGCUGAAACGUUUGGAAGACGCACAACCUUACUAUCAAGUGUAAUACCUUCAACCCUAGGAUGGAUUCUAAUAGCGACAGGACAAAGCGUAGAAAUGUUCUACGUCGCAAGGUUCAUUUUUGGCGUAGCUUUGUCCAUUUCCUUUGCUGUCCUGCCAAUGUACUGCGGUGAAAUCGCAGAAACUUCAAUUCGAGGAAUUCUCGGGUCAUUUUUGCAAUUGUUUAUUACUGUAGGCUUACUGUGGGCCUACAGUAUUGGUCCAUAUGUUUCUUACACAAGUUUUUGGAUAUCUUGUGCAGCUUUGCCCAUCGCUUUCUUCGUUUUGUUCUUCACGAUGCCAGAAUCGCCAUAUUACUUAGCAGCUAAGGGUCGCAAAGAAGAUGUCAUCAGCGCUCUAGUAAGAUUGCGGGGAAAAAGUAAAGAUGCGGUACGUGCUGAAGCUGAUGAAAUAGAGACAACUGUUCGAGAUGCUUACAAUAAAGAAGCGAAGAUAACAGACCUGUUCACGAUCAAGGCCAAUUUCAAAGCGCUAAUUUUCACGUGCUUGCUGGUAAUUUUUCAACAGAUGACAGGUAUUAAUGUUGUUCUGUUCUAUUCAGAGAAUAUUUUCGCUAGCGCGGGUAACAGCGGAAUCAGUUCUUCAAUCGAGACGAUAAUUGUCGGAAUUGUUCAAUUUCUUGCUUCCGGUGUGACACCACUGGUGGUUGACAGACUGGGAAGAAAGAUACUUUUAAUUAUUUCCGGAACGGGAACAGCUAUAAGUCUAGGAAUUCUUGGAUUGUUUUUUUAUCUGAAAGACGAAGCCAAAAAUGACGUGAGUAAUAUUGGCUGGCUGCCAAUAGCUUCAUUGAUAAUCUUCAUCGCUACGUACAGCAUCGGUUGGGGUCCGCUUCCUUGGACAGUUAUGGGUGAAAUGUUCUCCACGGAAGUUAAAUCCAAGGCCUCGGGGAUAGUUGUCUUUGCCUGCUGGUUUUUGGGAUUCUUGAUCACCAAGUACUUCAGCAAUAUCGCGGCAGCGUGGGGACAAUACACUGCCUUCUGGCUCUUUGGAGUUUUCUGCGUCCUAAGUGUCCUGUUCACAGUAUUUAUUUUGCCGGAAACUAAAGGUAAGUCCCUGCAAGAAAUCCAAGACGAGCUCAGUGGAACUAUGAAUUUAUGUGUGAUGGGAGGCGGUGCGAUAAUGGUUUGGUCGAGUCCAAUUUUGCUGAUGCUCCAAAGUGAUCCAGUGGAAGAAGAUAACCCGCUUGAUCGACCAAUUACUGACGAAGAAGCGUCCUGGAUUGGAGCAUUGUCUCCAAUGGGUACUCUAGUGGGAUGUCUCUUCCCAGGAUACUUGGCUGAGAAGUUGGGAAGACGAACUACUUUAUUGUGUAGCAUAAUACCUAUGGCAGUAAGCUGGGCGCUUAUUUUCACAGGAAAAAGUAUUGAAUUCUUGUAUGCGGCCAGAUUUAUUGGAGGCCUAGCGGUUGCUAUAUCAUUUGGAGUAAUACCAGUUUACUGCGGCGAAAUCGCGGAACCUUCAAUUCGAGGAAUACUCGGUUCAUUUUUCCAAAUAUUCAUUACCUUCGGUCAACUGUGGGCUUACAGUAUUGGUCCGUUUGUCUCGUACAUGAAUUAUUGUAUCGCUUGUGCUGUCUUGCCAAUCGCUUUCUUCAUCACCUUCUACCCAAUGCCCGAAUCGCCGUACUACUUGGCGGCAAAAAGUCGCAAGGAAGAUGUCAUCAGAGUGUUGAUGAGACUAAGAGGAAAAAAAAGAGAAGAAGUUGAAAUGGAAGCUAAUGAAAUCGAGGUUUCCGUUCAAGAAGCUUACAACAAACAAGCAACAAUAUUGGAUUUGUUUAAAGUAAAAGCCAAUUUAAAAGCGCUUAUUGCUACGUGCGCACUGAUUAUUUUUCAACAGAUGAGCGGAAUUACAGUUAUUGUUCUUUACUCGGAGCUUAUCUUUUCAAGCGCUGGAGAAUUUGGCUUAAGUUCAUCCGUUCAGUCAAUUAUUGUAAGACUGGUUCAAUUUCUGGGCACCUGUAUCAAUCCUUUCGUUGUUGACAGACUGGGGCGCAAAAUCCUAUUAAUUAUAUCCAGCUCAGGCGCCGGUUUAAGUCUGGUUGGGAAGACGAACCACUUUAUUGUCUAG